CCGGUCCGGUGGCGCCCCCCACUCCCCCGCCUGCAUCCCGGUAGCUCAACCGAGGAUGGUGGUCAGUGUGAACCCCCCAGCGAUGCAGCUCCCCUCACCCAGAGAGACCUGUGGAAGAUGUCGAACCCGAGAAACGGCGACACCAAGCCCCCAUGUUUGCCCCGCAAUGGACUGGUGAAGAUCCCCACACAACCCAACGGCCUUGGCUCCGCCAGCAUCACCAAAGGCACCCCCGCCGUGAAAAACCGCCUGUGCCAGCCUUCCUCUGUGCCUGCCAUCCUCAGCCCGGCCUUAGCCCACCGCAGCGACCUGCCCAUCCCCAGCCUGGCCUCCCCGCUCUCCUUGGCCGCUCUGGCCAGUGUCUCCUCCCCUCCCGGCGCUUCCUUGGUGGGACUGAACACGAGCGAAGGCUCAGAGCAGCCCUCACCGGAGCGGCUGCCUGGCUCGCCCUCGGAACGGCAGCUGGCAGUGGAUGAGAAGAUCCUCAACCGCUUGUUCUGGUACUUUUCGGCGUGUGAGAAGUGUGUGCUGGCGCAGGUGUGCAAGGCAUGGCGGCGGGUGCUCUACCAACCCAAGUUCUGGGUGGGCUUGACACCCGUCCUGCACACCAAAGAGCUCUACAAUGUCCUGCCUGGUGGUGAGAAGGAGUUCGUCAGCCUGCAGGGCUUUGCUGUCCGUGGCUUCGAGGGCUUCUGCCUUGUGGGCGUCUCCGACCUGGACAUUUGUGAGUUCAUUGACAACUACCCCCUCUCCAAGAAGGGGGUCAAGUCCAUGAGCCUUAAGAGGUCAACCAUCACAGACGCAGGGCUGGAGGUGAUGCUGGAGCAGAUGCAGGGCGUGGUGCGGCUGGAGCUGUCGGGCUGCAACGACUUCACAGAGGCUGGGCUGUGGUCCAGCCUCAAUGCCCGCAUCACGGCGCUGAGCGUCAGUGACUGCAUCAACGUGGCCGACGACGCCAUCGCCGCCAUCUCGCAACUCCUGCCCAACCUCACCGAGCUCAACCUGCAAGCCUACCACGUGACGGACACGGCACUCGCCUACUUCACCGCCAAGCAAGGCUACACCACCCACACCCUCCGCCUCAACUCCUGCUGGGAGAUCACCAACCAUGGCGUGGUCAACAUGGUCCACAGCCUGCCCAACCUGAGCGUCCUCAGCCUCUCGGGCUGCUCUAAGGUGACGGAUGACGGCGUGGAGCUGGUGGCAGAGAACCUGCGGAAGCUGCGCAGCCUCGACCUCUCCUGGUGCCCUCGCAUCACCGACAUGGCCCUGGAGUACAUCGCCUGUGACCUGCACAAGCUGGAGGAGCUGGUGCUCGACAGGUGCGUGCGGAUCACCGACACCGGCCUCAGCUACCUGUCCACCAUGUCAUCCCUGCGGAGCCUCUACCUGCGCUGGUGCUGCCAGGUGCAGGAUUUUGGCCUGAAGCAUCUCCUGAGCAUGGGCAGCCUGCGCCUCCUCUCACUGGCUGGCUGCCCCUUGCUGACCACCACGGGGCUGUCAGGGCUGGUGCAGCUGCAGGAGCUGGAGGAGCUGGAGCUCACCAACUGCCCCGGGGCCACCCCGGAGCUCUUCAAGUACUUCUCCCAGCACCUGCCAUGCUGCAUGGUGAUCGAGUAGCGCCGGAUCCAGCCGCCCCGCUCCCACGCCCACCCCGCCGCCACCCCGUCUGACAUCGCCCACCCCAGUUCUUUCCGUCUGCUGGGGGGACGCGAAAGACACCAUCGAAUACAACUGACCCCAGACACUCCCCGCACCGAUGCCCCCGAGGGACGCGGGGCUCCGGGGGGAGAUGGGGGAUGGUAUCGCCCCUCACCGGAGCCCUCCUGGGUACCCUGUAAAUUCCACCCCACGCUGCCACCAUUGCCUGUCCUCCUCCCGGUGUCCUGCCAGCUCCUUCCAGACGGAUGAACGGACAUCAUGGAAACCCAAAUUGGGAAGGCGAUGGCGGCAUGACACCCCCCCUGGCUGUAUCCUGCCCCCACCCUGGUGCCAAGAUGGCACAUAGUCCUGCCACCAAGGGUGCUCCUGGGAACCCAAGGAUGCUCCUGAGGACCCAAGGAUGCUCCCAGGGAUAGGCAGGAGGAGGAUGCUUAUUUUUGGCACCCGUGGGUGGUGGCAGAGGCUGGAUGGGUCCCUUCGCACCCUCGGAGCCGGUAACUGAGCCACCCCCCCCAUGCUGCGUGUCCCCCCACGAGCCCCCGGCCCUGCCCUUGGGGUGCCCAGCGCUUUACCCUGGUGAAUAGGAUGUUUUUCUCCACCCGCCCGCCCGCCACCCUCGCAUGCUCGCUUGCUUCAGUCUCGUGGUAUGGCAGGCUCCGGGGUACCCAGGGGGGAUGGUGACAAGUGACAGCCCCCACUUGGCCCCUCCAUACGGCUUUGCCCUGCCCAGAUCCUGCCCCGGGAGCUGGCCUCUCCCGGCAAGCAUCUCCCCUCACCCUGGGGAUCCCACUGCACCCCAGUUUAUGUGGGGUCAAUGGUGUGACACUGCUCCCCUCGGGAUGCCAGCGCCAAGGAGUGACCCAUCCGGCUGGGAUGGGACAUCCCAGGGGACCGGGGCCAGGUAUGAGCCGCCGCGGGGACACCAGCAACACAGAGUGAAGGCAGGAGGCAGCACCUAGGACACGCUGCCACCACCGCCGCUCUUCCAGCUGGAAAGCUAUCGCCCCAAUGCCAGCAGCAAGCGGGGGGCCGGGGGCACCCCUGGGCUGGGCCAAGCCGGGGCCAAGCCAGGCAAUGGGGCUGUGGUGCCCGCGGGAACCCGGCGCAGGAGGGGGCUUAGUGGCUGUCCCCGGGGCAUCACCCGCUGCCACAUCAGCUGCCCACACAGCCCCGGGAGGAGCGUGGGCACCGACACGGACACGGACAUGGGCACGGGCACGGACAUGGACACGCUUUCGGUUUGUUUUGCCUUUGUACCGGCCGGGAAGGAACUGCUGCACCACC